GCCAACGUACUAAUAAUUUUUUUGAGGCAAAUAGUCUAUGAAUCCAACUUGCAUCUAUUCUAUGAUUAAGUCAGCUGUCAUUUAUAUAUUUUGAAUCUGUUUUGCGUAUUGUUUCCAAAAGAGUGAGUUCAAUAAUGUCCAAAAACAAAUUGAAUCUCACUCUACCACCCGGUUCAAUCGAUCAGACACCAAAUUCUACUCCUACUACUUCCACUUUUCAAGAACCAUGCGUCCCUGCACCCAAUUUAGUAAGAGGCAACAGUAUAGAUCACCUUACUGCCAGACUUGAAGAAUUAGAUAUGGAUGACACUCAAAGACGAAGAAUAGAAGUAUUUCUUUGCCAAAAAGAAAAAAUAGGUGGAGACCUUUCAGAUGAUGAUUUUGAAAAAUUAGGAGAAUUAGGUUCAGGUAAUGGAGGAGUGGUUACUAAAGUGAGACACAAAUCAAGUGGCCUAAUUAUGGCCAGAAAACUCAUACACCUGGAGGUAAAACCUGCUAUCAAAAAACAAAUUAUAAGAGAACUAAAAGUUCUUCAUGAAUGCAAUUUUGCACACAUUGUUGGAUUUUAUGGAGCUUUUUAUAGUGAUGGUGAAAUCAGUAUUUGCAUGGAGUACAUGGAUGCUGGUUCUUUGGAUUUAAUUUUAAAAAAGGCUGGCCAUAUUCCUGAGAACAUUUUGGGAAAAAUUACUUCUGCUGUUCUGAAAGGGUUAAGCUAUUUAAGAGAUAAACAUGCUAUAAUGCACAGAGAUGUCAAACCUAGUAAUAUUUUAGUUAAUAGUAGUGGGGAAAUCAAAAUAUGUGAUUUUGGUGUUUCUGGACAACUUAUUGAUUCUAUGGCCAAUUCUUUUGUUGGAACAAGAAGUUAUAUGUCUCCUGAAAGAUUGCAAGGUACACAUUAUUCAGUGCAAAGUGAUAUUUGGUCCCUGGGCUUGUCAUUAGUGGAAAUGGCAAUUGGUAUGUAUCCUAUUCCUCCUCCAGAUGAAAGAACUUUGGCAGCAAAAUUUAAACAAUGGAAUGAAAGCGAUUCACCUGAUGGUUCGCAGGCACCUAGACCUAUGGCAAUUUUUGAGUUACUUGAUUACAUUGUCAACGAACCUCCUCCUAAGUUACCUUCUGGAAUUUUCACAGAUGACUUUAAAGAUUUUGUUGAUAGAUGUUUAAGAAAAAAUCCAGAUGAAAGAGCCGAUCUUAAAACAUUAAUGAGUCAUCCAUGGAUAAAGAAAUCUGAGGUUGAAGAUGUUAAUGUGGCAGAUUGGGUGUGUGAAACCAUGGAAAUUAGGCGACCAACGAAAUCUUAGCUUUCUAUUGGUAAUUUGCAUUUCUUUUUAUAUAUGCAUGUAUUUAAAACGCAAUUCCAAAGUCAACAAAGUGGAGUGUCCAUCAGUGUAAAAUUGAAACUGUGUUGUGUUUUGUUGUGUUUAAAGACGAUUUGUAACAAAAUUUUACUAAAUAUUCAUUUUUAAUAAUUUUUUAUAGCAUCAAAGUGAAUGUAUAUUUCAUACUCAUUGUUUUGUUUUGUUUGUAAAGUAAAUUUUUUGUUAAAAUAUCAAGAAAAAAUGGUCAGUUUUAGUCUAAGGUCAAACCCUUUUUUAAAACUACUUAGACAUAUUUAGUGCUGUGAACAAGUUAUCACAUUUUUUAAUGCAAAGUACAAAGUCCUUAUUUAGGUUUUAAGUAGUGACUUAUAAUUUUCUGUAUCACAAAAAGUUGUCUGUGUCAUGUUUUAAAUAGAUCAUAUAUGAAAUUAUUACUGACUGGGUAAUUCAAAUAGAGUGAUCCAAUUUCUUAUUAGUUAAACUAAGAGAUAAAUUUACAUUCAUUUUUAAAGUGUUAGUAAUAUUUGUAUAUUAUUAUUUAAAGGUAUCAUACCAAAUUCAUGAUGUAUUUACAGUAAUGUAUUCAAAUAUUACCUCAAAGAAUAUAUACAUUAUGAAUGUCUCAGUAAUGUAAUAAGACUUUUUAAAUAUUUCAUGCCUUUUUGAUAAAGUUUGCAAAUUCAAAGUAAAGUUUUCUGUUUUCCAUGCGCGCAUAUAGCUGAUGAUAUAGUGGCCCUAGUAUGGUGAAAAUUCUAGCCUCCAACGGCUAUGCUGUUUUGUAGAGGUGGGAAUGAUAUUCCGCGCAUACCUCUCACUAACCUGCAGUUUGGGAAAUUUUCUUUAUAAACAGCGAUUUCCACACACUUAACUCAUUUUUUAUUUAUACUCUAGUAAAAAGCUACAACUAAAUUGAAAUCUGUCAAACUGUCAUUGUUCAACGCCGGUAUGAAUAAUUGGCUGAAAACGAGAUUUCAAAUGAUUAUUUUUUUUUUGUCCUCGCUUCAAAAAUUAUCAGUAUAGGUUGGCUUCUAUAUAUAUCUAGUAUUUUAUUACAUACAGAUAUGUGUAUUAACUUAUUAGAAAUGCCUGUCGUGUAUAUGUGAUAUAUUUCGCAAAUAAAAUAUUUUUAUUGUGUAUAACAAGCACUAUAAAAAUGA